UUACCUGUGUUGUCAAACAGCAAACACCCACCAUUUUAGUUUAAAUGUUCAGUAUCACUCACACAGAGAAAUAAAUAUAUAAAUAGUCAUCUAAAAGAGAUGGGUGAUCCGGCAAGUAUGAUGGGGCACACAGGGGGCGGCCUUAUGCCUCCUCAACCCUACGGAAUGCAUCCCCAAGGUGAGGCCCCAGCAGGAGGUGAAAACGAGCCUAGAAAGCAAGACAUCGGUGAAAUCUUGCAGCAGAUAAUGAACAUAACAGAUCAAAGUUUGGACGAAGCACAGGCCAGGAAGCAUACAUUAAACUGCCACAGAAUGAAGCCUGCUCUUUUUUCGGUGCUAUGCGAGAUUAAAGAGAAAACUGUCCUAUCUCUUCGUAACACACAAGAAGAGGAACCUCCAGAUCCUCAACUGAUGCGGUUAGAUAACAUGCUCAUUGCCGAAGGAGUAGCUGGUCCAGAGAAAGGGGGUGGUGCUGGCGCCGCAGCUUCCGGAUCAGCUGCCGCACAAGCUGGGCAACCCGACAAUGCAAUCGAACACUCUGAUUACCGAGCUAAACUGGCACAAAUCCGCCAGAUCUAUCACCAAGAAUUGGAGAAGUAUGAACAGGCAUGUAACGAGUUUACCACCCACGUUAUGAACCUUUUAAGAGAACAAAGCCGUACUCGUCCCAUUACCCCUAAAGAAAUCGAACGCAUGGUUCAGAUCAUUCAUAAAAAGUUCAGCUCUAUUCAAAUGCAACUGAAACAAUCUACUUGUGAGGCGGUUAUGAUUCUCAGAUCACGGUUUUUGGAUGCCAGAAGGAAGCGGCGCAACUUCAGCAAACAAGCGUCAGAAAUCCUGAAUGAAUACUUUUAUUCGCACCUCUCCAACCCGUACCCGAGCGAAGAGGCUAAAGAAGAACUGGCAAGAAAAUGCGGUAUUACGGUAAGCCAAGUGUCCAAUUGGUUCGGUAAUAAGAGAAUUCGGUACAAGAAGAACAUCGGUAAAGCUCAAGAAGAGGCCAACCUCUACGCUGCUAAAAAAGCAGCAGGGGCAUCUCCAUAUAGCGGUACCCCCACACCAAUGAUGUCUCCCGCGCCUCCCCAAGACUCUAUGGGUUAUUCCAUGGGCUCUACCUACGAAAGUGCAGCUUACGAUGCCAGUAGCUGUGGCUAUGAUCCUAUGCAUGCUCAAGAGUUGUCACCUUAGGUAAAACUUUAAAAUUAAGUAAAGAUACUACCGACGUAUACUAUACUUGUAUACCAAACAGAGUAUACUAAUUUUUUUUGUAUUGUGCAUUAUAUACCGAGUCUGUUUAUUCGUCAACUGUUCGGCGGCUGAUUAGAGAACAUAACUUGCCAUUGGGUGCGAACGCAAAAGAAAGUAGUUUUUCCUACUUGAAAAUUGCCACCGUGGAAUUAAUGAAAUAUCGGUGAUAUAAUCUUGGUUAUAUAUCUAACAAUUACAACAGAAGUGUAAGAACAAACAGUGCAAAAGAAAUAUGGACAGCUUUAAUAAAUUCUUGUUUGUUUAUGUGCUUCGUUAACGAUAUGAAUUUUGAAGAAAAUAAGUAUUAAUGCGUCACGGGAAACUAACUUUCCUCGGCUUUGUACCCAUUUAUAGUAUUAAAUAACUUUAGUUCAUAUUGCAUAUUUUUAUUAUAGCACAAUAUUCUAUGAGAUUAUAUUUUAUUUGUUGAAGUUUUUUUUGUUAAACAGUAUAUAUUAUAUGGUAUCAGCUGACUUUUAAACAGACACCAGGCUAUUUUAGAUAAUAUUUAUGUGGUGAUUUUUUAAACUGUUACAUGAAACGUUUUUUAAUUCGUAUAUGAUUUUAUGUAUCAAUCUCUGUACUUUACAAAUAGAGAAUAAAUUAAUAUUUGAAGAA